AUGUGUUUCGGGACGUUUGUGAAUGAGGCUGAUGCACUGGAACUGGCGCAUACCGAACUCGAGAUCUUCCGAGGGCCGCGUAGCAUCGGUCAGCCUCUACGCGCAGCGAUACCGUUGUUAGAUUUCGCGCAUCAGAUGCUCCGACCUGUUCACGGGGUCCUCAAGACGUUUCACCUUAUGGAGUCUCUUGACGAUACCAGGCGUUGCGACGAAGCAAGCAAGUCGAUAAGAGAAGUGGAGAUAGGAUAUGCCGCUCGUCUGAAGGAGGACCUCCAUGCGCGUAUACGGGCGGGAGACGCGACGCCUAGUCAAUUGGGCGAUGUUCUGCGCUUUGGAAAUGGACCCCUUACUUCGGCGGACGAGUACAAGAUCGCACUGUCGCUGAUGACUUCGGGCACGGGAGUUGGGGCACUCGUACUUUGGCUCGUCGGGCUCCUUGCAUCGCGUCCGGACCUCCAGGCUGCCGCGCAUACGGCGAUCAGGGCUGAAUACGGUGAUGCGGAUCCGGACCCUCUAGACACGGGACGCGUCGAGUACAUCUCAGCGCUUGUUACGAAGGCGGGUCGCUACUUCGCAAGCAUCACUCUUGGAUUCCCACGCGAGACUAUCGAGGACGUCGAAGUGAACGGCGUGCUUAUACCGCGGGGCACCAUCGUCAUGCACAAUACGUUCUCCAUCAACCGAGAUCCUGCGCGGUACGACCGUCCGGACGAGUUCCUCCCUGAACGAUGA